AUGGCCAUUGACAAGUAUGAACAAAGUGCAGCAAUGGGAAACACCAAUGCUUCAGUGGCUCUUGGGAAAAUUUAUGAGGAAGGAAUAGGUGUCAAAGCUGAUCUCUACACUUCGUUUCUUCAGUAUCACAAUGCAGCACAGAAAAUGGACCCACAUGCUCUUUACAAGAUUGGUGAUCUAUUUGAAAAAGGAAUUGAGCCUUCUUCUACAGAAAAGAAUGGAAAAAUUCUUGGGUUCUACAAAAGAGCCAUAGAGCAUGGAAGCACUAAAGCUGCUGUGAGAAUGGCCCAAAUUUAUGAAAAUGGUGAAUAUGGACAGCCUAAAGACUCUCAAAAAUCAAUAGAGCUUUACAAUAGUGUUGUUGAAGAGGAAGAAGAGGCCAUGAAUGCUAUUGGCAAAGAGUGAUACAUCAGAAAGGAUUAUAAACUAGCAGUUGAACUAUUUACUAAAGCAGCUGAUAAAGGAAAUCCAACAGCCAUGAAUAACCUCGGUACUUGUUAUGAGCUUGGUAAAGGUGUUGACAAGGAUAUCCUAAGGGCAUAUGAUUUGUAUGAAGAAUCUUCUCGGAAAGGAAAUGCACAGGCUAUGUCUAACUUAGGUUUCCUGUAUUAUAAAGAGGCUAAAUUAAAAUAACUCAGAGGAACAGUUUCUAGAAGCUGCUCAUUGGUUCAGAUAUUCUGUUGCAGAAGAUGACUCAUUGAAGGAUUCUCAAUACUAUCUUGGACUAAUGCAUAUGAAUGGAGAAGGAAUUGACAAGUCUCUUGAUCUUGCAUCCACAUAUUUUGAAAAAGCAGCAGAGAAUGGUCAUGAUACAUCCUGACUUAAAUUAGGAGAUCUGUGAUAUUCAAAACCAGGGAAUGAGAAUAAAGAAAGAGCUUAUGAAUGGUACUCAAAAGGAGCUCAAAGAGGAAACUCUCAGUGUAUUAACAACCUCGCUCUUAUGCUUGAAGUUGGUUUCUCACAAUAUUCCCCCAACCAUAAAGAGGCUGUUAGACUCUAUGAAGAAGCUGUUAACUAUGGUAACAAAGAUGCAUUGUUCAAUCUUGGUCUUGCUUAUCAAAAUGGGAUUCAUUACAAGAUAGAUGAGAUGAAAGCUAUUGACCUCUUCAAAGAAGCUGCUUCUCAAGGUCAUUCAAACUCAAUAGAUUAUCUGAUAAAGCUAGGAAUCAUUGAAGAUAAGCACCAGUUCCAGGCUCAGAACCAGCCUAACCAGUAUAGCCUUGAAGAAGAGUCUGAGGAAGAGGAAUCAGAGGAAGAGGAAAAUGAGAAUGACACCUUUGCUAGGGCUCGUACAGUCUCAAGAAAGUAA